AUGAUUCUGAUCGCACUUUCCUUGGCCAUCUUGGUUUGUGGCCUGGGGUUGGGCAGAGGAGGGACACUCGACUCGAAGCGUGUUCUCUACGUGCACGCUCGAGAUGGUUUAGAGGACAAGCUGGAGCCUGAUGACAUCGGGGCCUGCCUGGCCCUGCCGGUGUCGACCCUCCGAAAGGCGACGCUGACAGCGAUAUCGGACAUCUUGAAGAAGCUCGGCGAAGUGAUGGAGACUUCUGCCGAGAAAGGCCAGGAGCGCUUCCUCCUCUUUGCAGCUCUCGAGCUGACCAGCGCUGGAGUUCGCCUGCUGGAUGCGACGUACCUUCACUGCUGUGAACGGCUUGGCUGUGAAACCUGCCGGCUCAGCCGGAGCGCAGAGUCGGAGGAGUCCUCUUUGAGUUUGCUCGAGUCCUUCGGCCGGAAGGCUGCCGCUCUCUGCCAUCUGGUUGAGUCCUCUGUCGCUCUGACGACAUCGACACUGGAGAUUCGCCAGAGGGAGCCGCCAAUCAUCAAGAGAAGAAGUGCGACACAGCAAGUUAGACAUGCGCUGGAGGAGUUGCUGACAGCAGACAUCUCGGUGGGCCUCGAGGAGCUUCCUCCCGGUGACGAAGCGUUCAUCAAUGUGGGUGGCGUAGUGGGCCAGACCGUGCGGCUCAUAAUCUUGCAGCUGCUGGACGCAAUCCCAGACAUGGCCUCCGAAGUUCGCCACCUGCCCAAAGGAGUGCCAGCAUGGUCGCAGCUCGCCGCCGCAGAGGUUCUGAAAGCGAGUGGAGCCAGCAGCGCAACCCUGCAGGAGAUGCUGUUCCUUCUCCCGCUUCCAGCAGGCUGGCCAGCGACCAGGGCAUCGCCCCUCUGCGAGAAGCGCUUGCUGGAAAGCUCCGGACGAGGCAGAGACCAAGCUCAAAUUGCUUUCGCUCGAAGGGAUGCGGCAGCUACGACCACUUGGCUGGGAGCGUCGCCGAGUCAGCUGCUGAAGAUCAUUGCGACCUCCGGGAGGCCGGUUCAUCGCUCGUACGUGGCGAUUCGCCAAGCGGGUCGCUUCGGCCAGGAGGCGAGUUGUGAGGAAUCCGUGGGGAUCCUCUACGACCCGACGCUCUGCCUUGACGACGAGCUGGGGCUCAGCGGAGUGAUCUAUUUUCUGACCAUGGACCCGGAGAUUGACGACCCUCUGUACGUCAGAUGGAUUGGGCGAGCCUGGUCGGGGCAGCGGUCCAAGGAGCAGCCCGUGUGGCAGUCAACAAUGGAUCCGAUCAUGCCGCCUCCUGACCCCUACGACCUUAUAUCGCUGAACCCAAUGGCGGGAAAUUGCCGGACGAUAUGGCAGAUCCUGCAGGCCGACAGCAUCAGCACGGCGAGCAUCGUGUACGUGCCCGUGAAUCCAACCAUUCCUCCGCCGCUGGAGGUGAUGCCAAACUUCACGCACUUCUACAUCUGGCACCGGCGCAAGUCCAAAGCGGCACGGAGGGUUGGUAUGGAUCGAUUCAUCAGCAACCUUCAGGCAUUUCGAAGGUACAUUGCUGCGCAGUGCUCGCUUGAAACGGUUUCCAAGCUCUUGCAGCCGCUGGGCUAUGAGCUCCUGUACCUUGAGCACUUUGUUGCAGUGCUUGUUCACCAGCGCGUGGUGUCCUUGGUGCGGCAGCAUCUCGGUCAGCCAGGCACCACACCAUCUACCUUUGAAGUGUGGCGUCAAGGCUGGUAUUGCUCGCCCUACUCCCGGUACAUGGACCACUUGGAGGUGGGUGUUGGCUUCGAUGCGACCUGGCUGAGUCCAGAGCCAGCUGGACCGUCCCAGAAAGGUCUCGGCUGUUCAAGGUCCUUCAGGGAGUUUCUCGCUGCGGAAGGGCACUUGAUAUCCGGGAGCUACACAGGCAAAGACGUGUGCGAUGAGGAGCUGCCAAGCACUUCCAGAAGCAUGGCGAUGCAGGCCGUGCAAAGAAGAUUGAGGCUACUGCGUGGAACUGCCAGCGCAGGAAAGGGGGUGGCAUCUGCGGAGGCCAUGGACAUGCAGCCAAGAGCAAAUGCUGCCUGGUGCCAGCACGAACUGCAGUCGGCAUGUGCUUGCCUGCCUCCUUUCCGUGGGAGCGACUGUUAUAUUGUGGACCAGGGCGAGCGAGACAAGGAGAGGCCGUUUCGUGGAGCACUGGUUUAUGUGCUGGACCGGCGCUCCGAGACCCUGGAGGCCUUCCUGACAAAUCUCCGAAAGCUCAAUAUGCUCGCUGGAUGGGAGUACCCUCUGCUCAUCUUCACGGCCGGUGUCCUUCCCGAGCAAGAGAAGGAGAAGAUCAUCCUGGCAAGUGAGAACCGGGUGUGGUUCGUGCAGGAGGCAUACAUUGCAGGCAGCGGGAUGCUGCAGUGGUUUCGCCACACCCACCUUUUCGAUCAUCCAGGAAUUGCAGGCCUGGACAUCUUGUGGGACGUUACCGAUGCGGACAUAGUCUUCAAGGAGGAUCCUCUCCGCAAUCUCCAUACCGAGAGGGCUCAAGCGGCCUGCAGGCGCAUCGAAGACGUGAGCCCACGCUCAGGCCUCCACACUUCGCAGGAUGCCUUCUUGGGCGACCUCACGGAGCUUUUCCUGCAGCUGAGCCAGGCCACACUGGCUGCUGAAGGUGUCCAUGGCGCCGUGAGCGCCUGCAUCGUUUGGAAGAGGACUUUCAUGAGCGAGUCCCUCUUUCGCCAGUACAUCCAGUUCUUGGAAGAUGCUGUCGGUGGAGCUACAGAGGCCGCCCUGCGAUUCGAUGCCCUGUCGGUGCGGAAUUUCGGCAUGGAGUUGCUGCAUCGACAGGUUCGUGGAACUCAGCUACUGUUGAUGGAAUGA